CCAUACCUAGAUGAGUAAUGGUGGGCAAUGGUGGGCAAUGGUGGGCGGUGAUGUAUGGGAAAAAAGAAGUUCGCAUGAGUUAAAGAGGGGCGAUACACAUACUACUACCAGUUGAAUGAGCGAAACUUCGAAUUGGUCUUUUCUGCUCGAGUAAUUGGCCCCUCUCAACGGGAAGGUUGAAGGAUGCCGGUUCAUCACUUGAUGAUAGGAACAUGGACCCCACCGGGAGCCAUCUUUACUGUGGCAUUUGACGAUGAGAAAUUGACAUUGGAGCUGGUGAAAAGAACUGAGAUUCCUCAUGACGAACCCAUCUCGUGGAUGACUUUCGAUCACGCCAAGAAGAAUAUAUAUGGCGCCGCCAUGAAAAAAUGGUCAAGCUUUUCCGUCAAGAGUCCAACCGAAAUUGUCCACGAGGCCUCGCAUUCAAUGAACCACGACCCUCAAGCAAGCCUCGACACAACCAAUACUCGCGCCAUCUUUCUGCUCGCCGCAAAACAGCCUCCCUAUGCUGUUUACUGCAAUCCUUUCUACUUGCACGCCGGUCAUGGCUCCGUCUUUUCUGUAUCAUCCAGUGGCGCUCUCAAAAGGGACAUACAACACUACCCAUAUCAACCCGAUACGGGUAUCCACGGUAUGGUGUUCGACCCGACGGAAACCUAUCUAUACUCGGCCGACUUAAAAGCGAACAAGCUGUGGGUACACAAGAAAGCGCCGUCGGGCCAUGUUGAUCUUGUGGGAAGUGUUGAUGCGCCGGACGCAAAGGAUCAUCCACGCUGGGUAGCGAUGCAUCCGACGGGCAACUACUUAUACGCUCUGAUGGAAGCUGGAAAUCGACUUUGCGAAUACGUUAUCGAUCCGGCAACGCACAUGCCCGUGUAUACGCACCAUUCGUAUCCUUUAAUACCACCAGGGAUACCUAAGCACGAUACUAUGUACCGCAGCGACGUUUGCGCCCUUACCAAGUCGGGCAACUAUCUAUUCGCGACGAGUCGAGCCAAUAGUUUCGACCUGCAGGGCUACAUUGCGGCGUUCCGUCUACGGGAUUGCGGGUCAAUUGAGAGGCAAAUCUGCUUAAACCCUACGCCUACGAGCGGCGGCCAUAGCAAUGCGGUGGCACCAUGCGAUUGGAGCGAUGAGUGGUUGGCGAUUACAGACGACCAAGAGGGAUGGAUUGAGAUUUAUAGGUGGAAAGCUGAGUUCCUGGGCCGUGUCGCAAGAUGUCGGAUUCCGGAGCCAGGUUUUGGAAUGAACGCCAUAUGGUAUGACUAGGUUAUGCGUAUAAAAUAUCUACCUAUUACGUUGAACGAUAUGUAUAGUUUACCUACAUCGUGAGUGAGGAUCGUGAAGAUCUGGAAGAUCGGGUUUGAUAGAAAUAAAAUAUUAACUAACAACAAGGUACCUAGGUACCUGACAACCCCG